GAUGUGUAUGAAGAUGUACAUUUAAUUAGAAGUUUAGAUCCACAUUGUGUUAUUCAGAAGUCUGGAUAUAUAUUAUAUGUAUACAUAUAAGUCAUUAUUUGUUAGAUAAUAUGGUUUCAUUAAAUUAAUAUUACAAUAAAAUAAAACUUGGACAAAUACAUAUAUAUAUAUUAUCUUUACCUAAUAAAACCCGAUUGUGAAAACACCAAUAAUCUAUCCUAUCAUAACAAAUAACUUAUACUACAUUCUUUUAGCCGGAUAAUGAUCAGUCAAAGUCAUAAUUCAUUAGCAAAAGGACACUUAAGACCAAUAAUUAAUGCCAUAAAAGAGGAUGAUUUAAAUACAUUCAUUAAUGCUACAAGAUCAGUGAAUAUUUCUACAACAUUUGAUUUCGAAACAACUGAAGAUACGUUAGUACGUCAAACAGGAGCUGUUAAAAUUACCAUAUUAUCGGCGGCAACAUUUCUACACGUAGCUGCAUGGUACUCAGCACAUCAAAUAAUUGAUCAUAUUUUAAAAGGUCAUUCAGAGUCACUAAUUGAAAAGAAAACAGUAGAAGGUUUCACUCCAUUGCAUAUUUCCGCCGGAGUUGGUGAUUUUGUGGCAGUCGAACGAUUAUGUAAAGCUGGAGCUAAUCCUGAAACCACAGAUACAAGUGGUAGAAAUGCAUUACACCAUGGUGUGGUUGGUGAUCCGGAGACUGCUGUUGUUCUUUGUUGUAUUAAUAAAAAAUUAGUCAUGGUUGCAGAUUCUAAAUUUCAAACUCCUGUUCAUUAUGCUUUGGAUCCAACUCGUUCAGCAUGUCAUAAAUUCUUGGCUGCAUUAUAUCAUGAUGUUAUACAAUCGGCUAAAGAUAGUUCAGAUAAAUCAUCAGAGAAUGAUAAGAACUUAUCAUUAACAUGGAUUCCGUUGAAUAUCAAGACCCCUGUUUGUGUAAAUCCGUCAAAAAAUCCUUCUUAUCCUGAAUUAUGUUUAUGUAAUACACCAUUAACUGAACAUCAUGAAAUGACAAAAAAUCCUCAAUUUCUUAAAGCAUUAAAAGCUGGUAAAAUGAAAUAUUAUGAUUUACCAACAAAAACAUUCGGUGAUAUUGAAUUACCUACAGGUGCAUAUUCUCCAAAUGGAAUGCUGGGUGAAGUCCCAUUUAAAAUAUAUUUAACAAAGCUAUGGAAAUGUUUGGAAAUUAUGGCCAUUAUUAUAUUUAUACUUGGCACAGCAUUACAACUUUUAGUAUUGACUGAAGAAGCGGAAAGAUUAUCAUUUACACCAGUGAAUCCAGUUAGUGCUAUACAAGAAGCUUUAUUGCAGUUGGCAAGAAUAUUUUUUGGACUUUCAUUGUGUAUAUUCUAUCAUCGUAUCUUAGAAUUAUUUACAGUAAAUAUACGUUUAGGACCAAUGGUUAUUAUGGUACAAUCUAUGAUUGUUCGUGAUUUAAUUCCAUUUCUGGCUUUGUUCACUGUUGUCGUAGCUGGAUUUGCAAUAUUACAAUGGGUUACUGCUUAUCAAUCAACGGCUAGUUUAAAUCCACUAACAAAUUUAUUCACUGUGUUCAAAGCUUUACAAUUGGCCUAUUUCCAAGUGUUCGGUGAAUAUGAAAUGAAUACUUUAUCUGGUGAAGUUUUAUUGGACUCCUGUAAGAAUGAUAAAAUUAAUUGUCCAGGAGGUUGGUCCACUUGGCUAUCACCAAUACUUCUUGGUGUAUAUGUAAUACUUACUCAAGUUUUACUAUUGAAUCUUGUAAUUGCUAUGUUUGCCUCUACGUAUAUGAGAAUUGAAUCGGCAUCAACAAAAUAUUGGGCAUUACAAAGAUAUCAUAUAGUAGGAGAAUAUGUGAAUCGUUCACCGAUCCCACCUCCUUUAAACAUAAUCUGGUAUAUUUACUUAAUAAUACGUUAUCUAAUAAGAGGCUGCAGGAAAAGUCCCCUGAAAAGUGAUCAUCCGUUAUCAGUAGUAAUAAUAAAUAUAACACUGAAGUUACAGAAUGAGAAAAAAUAUCGAUUGAUUUAUUUAUUAACAAUUCUAGAAAAAUCUUAUGAAUGUGGAUCAUCUCAAGAACUACGUCUUAUACAUUGGGAAAGAUUACGUUUUUGGGAUUAUGAUCGAUAUAUUAUUCAAGGUAAAAAACGUAAACAGAAAGAGACUGGAAAAAUGGUCAGUGUUCGAACUACAGUAAUGCAAAUGAAUAGAGGUGCUGAAAUGUCAUCAGAAAUAGCUGCAGCUAUCUCAACAUAUUAUCAUACAACGCAGGAUCAUCUAGCAAGAGUUGAAUCAAAAGCUGAUAGACUUAAAAUUGUUGAAGAGAAAGUUGAUAAAGUAUUAAGCUUAAUCAAAGAACUAAACUUAAAGAAAUUACAAUCAGAAGAAACUCAACCUAAACAGCAAACAGGCAUGGAUACAUCUCUUGGUUCAAGGCUUGAAAGAAUACUUAUAACUAAAGAAAAACCAAACAUAGCUUACUCCAGAUCAAAAUCAACUGAUCAACCAAUGAUAAAACUGAUUCAAGGAACAAAAAGCAGUCAGCUAGCUGUUUUUGAAAAAGGAUCACACAAAUAUGCAGGAUUUGUGCCACCAACAGCUGAUCGUACACCUCGUCUAUUUCCUCAUCCAAUACCAUGGGAUAAACAGUCACAGAAACCAAUGUGUUUAGGCUGGAAACCUCCAGUUUACUCAAUUGAAGGAUGGACUGAACCAGGAAAUUUCGCUGAAAUUUCAGAAGAAAGAAAGCUUCAGUUCAAAACACUAAUUCCUAAUGUUCCUCCUCCCGAUCCAAUAACUGGAUGUCCUAGAAAUCCUGGUGGUCGCACUGGAGUUAAUGGAAAAGGACAUUUACCUGAAUGGGGUGCAAACUCAGCUAUUAUACUAGUCAUUACAAAAAAGAUAGGCAAACUUCUAUCUGAUUCCGAAUAUACAACAGAGGGAGAUUUUAAAGUUAUUGUUUAUAAAAAUCCGUUAGGCUCACAACUACCAUGGUUUCUAGUUCAACAUCCUACUGGUUGUAAUCGUAAAGUAUGUGUCAACGAAAUAUUUGGUAUUCUCACAAAAAAUCGUAUGAAACACUUGAUAAAAUCGAUGCCAACAAAGAAAACAACUUUAGUAGAAACUGUGAAAAAGUUCAACAGUUUAACUACAAAAAUUAUAUAUUCUGGAUAUUUGGAUGAUACAAUCAACACAGAUAACGCCUGGAUCGAACCAACUGUAGUCCAUAAACAUAUUUCUGAUCCAGAUUUUGAUCAUGAUGAACUUAUUCAGUUACUCACUCCGGAAGGAAUUAAUGCGGUAUGGUUAGAUUCAACAAAUACUGUAGGCAUGAGAUCAAGUCAUGAGAAAAUUCUUCGACAAGUCAGAAGACGAAUACAAUCUUCCAGUAUAGACAUAUCAAAAACCACAAAAGAAGUCACAUUCCAUGAAGAAAAUGUGUGAUUAAAAAAUAAUAAAACAUCUAUCAAAUAUACUUGCUGAAAACUAGUUGGUGCCUAAAUUUUCACGUAAUUAGUUGUAAUUUUGUUGUAUCCCAGAAAACAGAUUUGAACAUGUAUAUUCCACUAUUUUGAUAUGUAAUAGAAAUAUUCCAUUAUUGUAUUCCAAAGGAAAAAGAUUUUCACAUGAAUUUGUACAGUAACACUUCUGAAUGAAGCUGUUAGAUAUUUGUGCAGUUAAUGUGCCACGUUUAGUGAUUACCAUUCUCAAUUCGAGUAGAUUAAUCCUGCUGAUAAUAGACGACAAAACGUCUUUCACGUAUCACUUUUCUUGGUUGCUUAUUUUGCAUUCUAUCCAGCUAGUAUUGUAAACGUUUACUGAAGGAUACACUUUGGAUACUCAAAUAAAUACUUUUCUUUACCGUCAUUUU